GAUUUCCUACUAGCUGGGCUGGCCGCUGGUCUAUAAAAUACUAUAUGGUAAUGGGAUGUCGUCCUUACAAUUGUUUCCCAACCCCGUAUACUAUUACUACCAAUCUCGAUCGAUCGGGCGCACCAUGGCUGCUCGCUACACCUACACCUACGGCGACGGCCCGGGCGGGAGCUCCUGCUUAAGGAUCGGGCUGACCGCGCUGCCGUGCUCCGGCGUGGCGCUCCGCCUCAGCGCCGUCAUCGACUGCACCCCGGGCAAGGACCGCAUGCCGCCGGUCACCGUCGACUUCCUCAAGAACCUGCCGCUGCAGCAGAGAGAGGCCGAGGCCCCGGCAGCCGUCGCCGCCCAGGUGACGACGGGCCGCUUCACGUGCAGCAGCGGCGACUUCCUCCUCGUCAGCCAGAUCCAGCGGGUGGAGGCGAUGGUCGCGGCCGCGGGGCUGCCCCGGGAGUGCGCUCUCAGCGUGGAGGAGUUCUUCCGCCUGUCCGCCUCCAACGCCGUUAACACGUUCUACAAGGCGAUGGCGAUCACCGUGGAGGCGGGCGCGCUCGGGAGCAUCGUCGUGGACGAGCACCAGCACGAGCACGAGGAGCUGCCGCCCGGCGCCGUCGUCGGGGAGUGCGCCAUAUGCUACAAUGAGUAUCUGGUCGGCGGAGCCACGUCCGUGAAGCUGCUGUGCGGCCACACGUUCCACCGCAGGUGCAUGGACCGCUGGACGGCCGUGAACCGGACGUGCCCCUACUGUCGGGCGCCGGUGCCGGAGGAGAAGCAGGACUGCUGGGACGAGGACGAUUAUUGCGACGACUCGGUGUCGGAGUACGACGAGGAGGACGACGGCGCCUCGACGGUGCCCGGCCGACCGCAGUAGCCAGGAAUUCACGGCCUCUCCGCCUUACUCGACUUGGAGAAGAACAUCAGUGUCCCAACUUUUGUUCAUACUUGGAGAAGAACAUCAGUGUCUAAGGCCUUUUCAGGAAAAAAAGAAACAUGAGCUAGUUUAAUUAGUUUGAUGCUUGUUGCGCGGCUGAAAUAUUUCUACUGCACGGAAGGCCGUCUAUCGGUACUGUUAUAGUAUAUUUGAUAGUCUAGAUAUUAUGUCUAGUACACUACCAUCGAUAUAUAUGUUAAAGUAUAUUCUGUAUUCUAUA